UAAAAAUAAAAUUGAUACGAAAAAUCCUGUAAAUACUACGCAAACGUCGGUUUUUAUAUUAGUUAGACAUGGAUCAGGACAAAAUGACUAACAAAUUUUCUAUUUUUCAAAAAAAAUAUUUAAUGAAUUUUGAUCAAAUUCUUAAUAAGUACGAACGACUUUCAAAACUUGACAAUACUUCUGCUGCUAAAGAACACAACAACGUUUUCGACAUUGAUUUUGAUACAUUAGAUGUUGUUCAAAAUGAUCAGAAGAAAGAUGUCAAUGGUAUCAUUGGGAAAUAUAAGCACAAAGGAAUUGGAAAGUCCGUUUUGCCAUCUGAUAAUUUGGCAGUUGAGGAAGAGGACUGCUUAAUUGUGGACAUCUCUUACUGCUUGAAUGCUAGGCCAAACCUUUCAGCCGCAGACAGCAGGAUGAAGAAUUUACUUGAUGAAUAUUAUGAAAUUGAAGUUAUAUCUGAUGAUGAUGACGACGACGAAAAUGCUAUUGAUGAUGAUAAUGAUGAUGAUGAUGUUGAUGUAGUUGCUGAUUAUGGUGCUACUGCUAGCAGUAAAAUUAUAACUAAUUAUGAUGACGAUAGUAAUAUAAAUAAUGAUAAUAUAAAUACUACCACUGCUGCUACUUAUAAUAAUAAUAAUAAUAACAAUAAUAAUAAUAAUAGCGAUAAAGAUACUCUAGAUGAGUUUGAAAACGAUGAUGGCGAUAAGAACCGCAAUGAUAAAAAUUGUAUCGACAAUGAUACGAAUAUUAAUAAUGAUGAUGACGAUGAUCAUACAACUAAGGAUAGUAAUAAUACAAACAAUAAUAAUAAGAAUAAUAAAUAUUAUGAUAUUAAUGAUAAUAACACCGUUAAUAAUAUUAAUAAAAAUAAUAAUAAUUAUGAUAUUAAUUAUAUUGAUAAUAUAAAUAAUAAUAGUAAUUAUGAUAUUAAUGAUUACUGCAAAAGUAGUGACAAUAAGACUAAGAACGAUAACAUCACUAGUGAUAACAACAACAACAAUAAAAAUAUCAACAUUAAUAAGAAUAAUAUUACCGUUAAUAAUAAUAUUGACAGUUACAAAAACGUCUUUGGCAAAUUCAUCUGCGUUGAUGAGUUGAAGGCAGAUGUUAAUAUUAAUAUCUCUGAUUAUGACGACAAACAUAAUAAUAAUAAUAAUAAUAUUAAUAUUAAUAAUAUUAGUAAUAAUAAUUAUAGUAAUAUCCGUUGUAGUUGUUGUAGUAACGCUAGUAAAAUUAACAAAUGUAGUAGCGAUGGUGUUAGUAAUAAAUACAGUUGCAGUAACCCUAUAAUAAAAAAUUACUUUGAACUGAAGGUGCCUUCCGACGACGAUGAGGAUGGCGAUGAUGACGAAAAUGAUGGUAAUGUUAAGCGCGGAUCUUUAACAAUUGUUAGUCAAUCUGAUACGGAGUUGAGUCAUGGAUUAGUAAUUGAAUUGGAAAAUGUAUCAGACAUUGUGAAAGUUAAUGGAAAUUCAGAUGAGCGGUUGAAUAAAAAAUCCGAUGAAUAUCCAAAUAAAAAAUCCGAUGAACAUCCGAAUAAAAAAUCCGAUGAACAUCUAAAUGAAAAAUGUUAUGAACAUUUAGAAACAAAAUUUAGUGAACCUUUGAACAAAAAAUUAGAUGAACGAUUGAGUAAAAAAUUGAGAAAUACAUCAAAUACAUCGAAUGAACGUGCGAGUAAACAAUCAGUUCAAAGUUUGAGCGAAAAAUCAGUUGAAGGUUUGAGUAAAACAUUUAGAGAACCUUUGAAAAAAACGUCAGAUGAUGUCAAAUCACUCGGACGUUCGUGUGAAAAACCAGGCAGACAUUUGAGGAGAAAGUCAGACAAACUAUUGAAGGAACGGACGAUAAACAACAGUUUUAGUUUUAACAGCAGCAACGCUAAUCACACCAAAAAUGGUGAUAACAACAAUGGUGGUAACAACAAUUAUAAUCUUCAAAUAAAAAUUGAACGCAUUUCUCCACCAUUUAAAGAUGAUGCUAUUAACCUAACUGCUACUAAUUUUACUAAAAUCUUGACUAAAUCUGUCCCCAAUGCAAGUUAUAAUACUUGCAAUAAAACUAGCACUUGCAAUAAAUACAAUCCCGCAGUAAAUAGUACCGCUACUACAACAGCAACAACCGCUGCUUUAAACGUAGAUACAGUUACUACUAGCUGCAUCACGGUUUCUUCCGUCACCUCGACAGCAAUGACAACAGCGACGAAACUUUCAACCGUCUCAAGUGACCUCUCCAAAGCGUAUUUGUAUCUGGAGUUAGAGGAAGAUUAUCUGAUUGUUGGUGACGUAAAAUUUCCACCUAUGCCCGUGCUCAAAUCUCAAUUUAUCAAAAAAGAAUUCCAAACUGUAAACGGAAAACCUCAUCCAAGAAAGGGGCGACGAGCGACGCUCGGUAGCUUAGAACUGACUGCACCGCGGCUACGGCGACAACCAGAAAGUACUUACUACUCAAACAUCAUUCAUCAAUCUAUGAAGAAAGAGAGUCAGUCGUUGAAUGAGAGAAUUUACUUGACUCCUAAACGACGAUUACAUAAAGAGUCUCAACUUCAAGUCUCAUUAAGUCGAAUGGGAUUAAAAAGUGAAUUCACUACUACUUCUAUUGCUGCUACUACUUCUACCACUACUACUACUGCAGUUGCUGCUGCUACUACUACUACCACUUGCUCUUCAAGUACUUACGUCGCUGCUACAAGAAGUAGUAGUCGCAAUAGUAGAAGAUGUAACACUGCGCCAAAUGAUGCUUGCAACAUUUCAAAAUGUCAUCAACCCGCUUACGAAUUGCGUUCCACUGUAAAGCUGGACAUUCCACUUGAUGAUUUGUCUACCUUCGAUGAGGAGGACGAAGAAGCUGGUGAUGGCCGAUGUGGCGGCGACGUGAGCCUCAGUGACGAUGACGACGUACUCUAUCAACUCAACACGCGUAAACUUCGAAGAGAAAAGUUUGAAAGUUCAUUUGGUAGGACUUGUAACGCUAAGAAAAAACUUAAAUACAGUUGAAAAAUUUUCAUUCAAUUAUUUUUUUAUCUCCUUUUGUUAUUUAAUUAGCUAUAAAUUAAUCAAAUAAAAUAUUUAAUAGAGCAUUUUGUAAAUUAAUAAAACACAUGAAUUGAAA